GGGGCUCGGUGUCUCUGCUCGCUCGCCCAUUUCAAUUCAAACUCUGAAGCGCGAGCAGAUGCCCUCUUAGUCGCUGGCCGUCUGGGCUCCCUCUUGCCGCUCUCUUCCGCGUGCGUCCCUUUUUGAGCACGAGCAUCAAUCUCUCGUUCAUUCGUUCAUUGUCCCUGCGGUCGAUUAUUCAACCUCUUGUUGAAUAGCUGUUGCUGCUUCUGCAUUGCUCUGUAGUCGGAGGAUUCUUGGCUUGGAAUUGGGGGCGAGAGACGUCGAUCAUGGAGGAGGUGGAGUGGAGAAGCCAGGGGAUUGGAGAGGGGAGCUAGGUGCGUGUGUCACGGUAUAAUGGUUGCGCAUUUGAGAUGCCGGAGGUGGAGCUGGAGAGGCGAUGCAGGAGAAGGCGGAGAGGGUGGAGUCUAGACGCCCGGGCGGAGGUCCCCAUUGCAUGCAAUUUUGGUGACAGAUGAAAAGAGAUGUCUACAUGGAGUGGGAUUCAUUGAGACUCCACUGAAGUCUGCAGAUUUUCAGUUUCGAGGCCGGUGAUAUCAGGAACUCUUAGCGUAGGUCGAGACAUUAGCUUAGCGCUUUCUAGGACGAUGCGUCGAGCAACUCUGGGCAGCAUGAGCCCCUCGCAGCUCAACACUCGAGGUGCCACGAAUGGGCGGGCCAAAGGAUCGCGCGGUUCCUUGAUUCCCAGACCACCUCCGGCUGGGGCUUCCAAUGUCAUCAAGCCCAGUCGUCCCUCCAUGGGACGUCGUUCCAGCAUGAUGGGAAAAGGAUCCGGCACACAAACUGAGACGCGGCCCAUCGGCGAUCGAGCAUUCCAACAGGAUUGCAUACGAAAUCUCUGCAACUACCUCACCACGCAUGGCUAUGUCAAUGCUGUAUCUCCAAAGGUCCUCCAGGCCCCUUCCAGCAAAGAUGUGACCAGCAUAAUACAAUUUCUGUUUCAUCAAGUCGACCCAAACUACAAGUUUAUGAAAAUCGAAGAGGAUGUCCCCAUCUUCUUCAAGCGGAUCGGAUAUCCCGUUCAGAUCAGUCGAAGUGCGCUCUAUGCAGCCGGGAGUCCAGUUUCAUGGCCUUCGCUUCUUGCAGCUCUUACAUGGCUGUCGCAGCUUCUCGUGGCUAUGGAGUCGUCUUCUGAGGGGCCUGAUUUCUCGCCAUUCGAUGACGUGAGGGGCAACUUGUUGACAGACUACAUCAACGAAAACUACAUGAACUACCUCGCGGGUAAGGAUGAUGAGGUUGAUCGUCUGGACGAAGAAUUUCGCAAGCAAUUUGUACAAGAGAAAGAGAAGGAUGCCGCUGAAUGUGAGCAACUUCAGGCCACCCUGAAUAAGCUGAAGGAGGAAAUGCAGCGGGCCAAGAACGAAAUGUCACCUCUGGUUGCUCUGGAAACAAAGAAACGUGACUUCCAGGAUGACAUUGUGAAGUUCAACCAAAUCAUAACGGGAUUCACGGCUCACAAGCAAGCGCUGGAGAAAAAGGUAAACGAAAAAAGGCAGGAGCUAACAACAAAGAAAGAGGAGGUCCUGAAUACUCUGAAGGAAAACGAAGAGUUGAAGGAGACGGUCGCGGCGCAGCAGAUCAACGCCGCCGAUGUCGAGAAGAUGCUCAAGGAAAAAGAAAUACUGGACGUGAAUCUGCAAUCUCUGAUGAGUAGGAAGGAAGAACUGGAGAAGGCAGCUUGGAAUUUCGAAGUGCAAUCGUCUAAGAAACUUCGAGACCUGGAGACUAAAGUUAAUCAGUUCAAUGACAGCUGCCAAAGGCUGAAGCCGACCACAGGGGAGGACUCCCAUGAGGCCUACCAAUUUGAAAUCAAGCUCCAGCCCAGAGCCGACACUCCCGACGAAAUCCUCGGGGGAACACUGAAGACUGUACUCAAACCUGGAUUCACGGAGCUUAUGGACACUUGUAGGAAGAGAUUGACUGAAGAACUUGAACCUGAGACGCUGAAACUUCAGCAACAAAUAUUCUCCAGGGAGAUUGCAGGUCGGAAGAAGGCAGAGCAAAUUGCAGCCGCGACUGCACACAUAAAGAAGCUCGAAGCCCAGUACAAUGUGAGGAUGGACAAAUUAAACGCAAUCCUGGCUGCCAAGAUAGCAGAGCGAGAGGAAUACGAGAUGAGGACAGUUACAGAAGAAGCUGAAUUUCGAAAGCUCCAAGUUGAUGUCGAGCAACGACUGAGGGAGUUGCAAGUGGAGUUGGAUAACACACUGAGGAUUUGUCAGGAAGAGAUUGAGUUCGAGAAGAAUGAAGGAACCGAAAUUUUGGAGAUUAUUUUGAGCACAAAAGAACGGACGCAAGCAAUGCUGAAGCGAGUUACGGAUGUUUCGAUCCAAUCUACGCAAGUCUUCCAUGAGUUGCUUUUGUCCCCUUGAACUGUACAUAAUUGAGAGAGCUCGUUCCACUGAUGCCCACCCACUUCCCAUGUAUCCAUAUUUCGGGUAGUUUUGCACAGCUUUGUAGAGUGGUGCCAAGAGGUAUUUCAAAUUAUGCCACUGAAACCUGAGAAUUGAAGUUAGUGAAUACGCAAUCGUGUAAACUUCUCAUGUUAGCCCAAUUAAUAAUUCCUCAGCAAUGAAUUGGGAAAGCUGUUUAUAUCUAUGUGUCGAGU